UGAGUCGCCACUAAAUUCUUGUACCGCAGAUAAUUAUUACUUUCAUAUCAAAAAAAAAAACUAUCGCAAUCACACACAGACACACGUACAUACACACGGUUCCAACCAGGAUUCAAUUCCUCCAAGCAUUUGAAACAUUUUUUUCCUAAGCACUUCCUUACUAAAUAUUGCUAAAAUAUCCACUGUGUACAAAUCAAUUUUGCAAAUACUUAAAGCAAACUGCAGAGCUGAACUGCAAAUCGAAAACGUAGAGCAGAUAGCUUAACAAAUGCGAAAGCUUGAACAAUGUUGAGUUUCAAGUAAUUUUAACUUCAAAGUAUGGAUCUAUAAAUCUAUAUUAUAUAUAUGUACAUACAUAUAUACAUAUAUGUAUGUCGUAUACCCGAAUCCAAAUUUUGCUCCACUCAUUCCCAACAAAGAUUUGUUUUCAACUCUACAAUUCUCACCCUUAUUAUAGCAAAGUCUUCAUAUAAUUUAGCGGAGACUUUACUCUCUUCAAAAAUGACAAGAGUUUGAAAAGGUGGUGCUGCCACGAUCCAAAGGAAAUGAAGUGGUUAAAACGUAGCACUGCUUGCACUCCGGUUCACAUUCGAGUUUUGUACACAGCGGUGAACGGACGAGUUUGCCGAGGCCAUAUUAUACAAACAGUGUCAGUGCCUUUUACGCGAAUAAAAUCAUACAUGCCUAUACCCCAACUGAAAUAAAAGCACCAUAGAAAACAACGAUUUUUAUUCAAGUGCUUAAAAAGAUAUUUAACUAAAUUUCUAUAAACAAUGCUUAAGUGGGCAGUUAACACACCGCGACUGUCCUAUCUUACAGUGGACGAAUCAAAAGCAAAUACCGAAAACUUGCAGCUGAAAACUUUAAGCGCCUUAUCCCCGGGAAAACUCAGCACUCCUAAUGAAAUAAUUUCCACCCAAACACAAACGCUCUCCGUCAAGCGGCAGAGGCUGAAACGGAAAUCUUCUGAUAUUUACCUUUCACGACGUUUGCAAAACUGGUUGGAUAAGGAAAAUCAAGUGACAUCUACUCCACUUCACUCAAGCUCAAAGGUAUAUAACAAAAACGGUCCUUUGCGUCGGCUUAACAGUUUCAAAGACUUAUCCAACAUCAUACCUUAUGAGAACGCUGUCUCAAACAAUCCCCCAAACCCAAACUUAUCACAGUUUAACGCACCAAGUCAGUGUAUAGAUAAUGAUAUAUUAACAAAGAACAAUCCUGUCAACUAUGCUACUACACUGCCUACUCUCGAAGUCGAAUACUCGCCAUGCGGCCUAGUUCCCGGACCGAUUCUGGCAUUGCGCGGUUUGGGUAUUGCUGAUAGAUACUUUGAUCAACCGCGAUAUCUGCCACAUAAUAAGAGCGAGGAAACUAUAGUACAAACAAAACCAACCAUUAAUAUAAUUAAUUCUACGUUUCAAAAUCAAAGGCAUACACGACGAUCUUUAAAUAGCAUACGCGAUGAUACUGCAUCAUUGAGCUCUUCCAAAAUGGGUGAUCAAACGCUGGAACGUAUGAUAGACGCGAUAUUGGAGAGCACAAGAAAGGAAAAGAAGCCUAUGAAGUUUGCGAGACAAUCAAAUAACCAGCAGUGCAUGGUAAUGUCACCCACAUACACACCUGCAGAAGAUCCCGCCAACGAUUUAAGUGAAUUUUGGAUUGAGACACAAAAUGAAGAGCCGCUUUUACAAACAAUGCGAAAGAAACGACGUUCUCGACCAGCUAGUGUUACAUCAAUAUACAGCGAGCGAGAGGUUCGGUCUCCACAUCGAACAAGCAACCGUAAACGUAAUAUUUUUCACUUGCGCCGACAGCGAGCAGUGCGUAGAAAACGGAAAACUCCUAAGGACAGCGUGAAACAAUAUACACAUAAAAUAGGUGAGCCAACAUCGACAAACAAAGAACUAACAGAAUCGGCCGAGCAUAAUUGUAAACGGGUUGAUAAUUCAAGCCCUGAUAGUGGUCACAAUUCCUUCAGCGAAUUGGAUGACAAUUCCAUCAUGCUGGAGAGUAAUUGCUUAGCGAUCGUCAGCCCGCUGGAGAGCUCUGAUCUGUGUGCUUUAAAUUCAACAAAACGGCGCCUUAGCUUUACAAAUCAGACGUCAAUCGUAUAGUAUACAUAUGCAUACCCAUACAUAUGUUUUAUGGAUUAGCGUUAUAAUUUGUUGCAUUUUCU